AUGGGUAGAGUUAGAACCAAGACCGUUAAGAGAGCUGCUAAGACUCUUAUUGAGAAGUACUAUCCAAAGUUGACCUUGGACUUCGAGACCAACAAGAGACUUUGUGAUGAGAUCGCUGAGAUCCAGACCAAGAGAUUGAGAAACAAGAUCGCUGGUUACACCACCCAUUUGAUGAAGAGAAUUCAGAAGGGACCAGUUAGAGGUAUUUCUUUCAAGUUGCAGGAAGAGGAGAGAGAGAAGAAGGACCAGUAUGUUCCAGAGGUCUCUGCUUUGGACCUUUCGCAGUCCAAGGGUCUAUUGUUUGUGGAUGCUGACACUGACAAGAUGAUCAAGUCUUUGGGCUUCAAGAUUCCAACCUCUGUUAACACUAUCUCUUCUAACAGAGUUCCAAGAAGAUUCAGAAAGUAA